GAGAAGGAAGAGGAGGGAUGAACCUCAUCAACACUCCCACAAGGCUGAGCAGAGGAGGAGCUUUGGGUCUGAGCUAAGGCUCACAGUCAGAGGCCAGGAGCUGCAGAGAGUGUGUGGAAGUGUGUGGGGAGGAAAGCAAGGCAAAAAAGGACAGGUGCCUGGGGAAGGAAGUGAAGUGAACAGAGGACAAGCACACCGAGGAGUAGACAGGCUACAAAAUGUCACUGCUCCUGUGGCUGGGGUCCCAACUAUUAUCCUGCUGGAACAAUAUCUCUGUAGUGGGAGUUUUUGUUACAGUCUUUGCUUUACUUCUUGACUUCCUGAAGCGCAGAAAGAAGUGGAGCCAUUACCCACCAGGACCAGUUUCACUGCCAUUCAUUGGGACCAUGCUGCAUGUUGACUUCAGCAAACCUCACAUCUCCUUUAACCAGCUUCGCAAGAAGUAUGGAGACAUCUACACCCUGCAGAACUGCUGGACCAACGUGGUGGUGCUGAACGGGUACAAAACGGUGAAGGAAGCCCUGGUGCACAAAUCCGAGGACUUUGCUGACCGGCCACACUUCCCCAUGUAUGACCACAUGGGCUACAGCAAAAAAUACCAAGGGGUUGUUAUGGCAAGAUAUGGACACAUCUGGAAGGAGCAAAGGAGAUUCACGCUUACUACUUUGAGGAACUUUGGAAUGGGAAAGAAAACCUUGGAGGAGCGAGUGCUGGAGGAAGCAAGAUUUCUGUGCUCUGCAGUCAACGCUGAAGAAGGUCGUCCUUUCAUAUUGCGGUUUUUGGUAAACAAUGCAGUCUGCAACGUGAUCUGCACCACCGUCUUCGGAGACCGUUUUGACUACGGCGAUGAGAUGUUCAAGAAGCUGUUAGACAUGUUUGAAAACUCCUUGAAUGAAGAAACUGGAUUCCUGGCUCAGUUUCUUAACGUGGUGCCCGUUUUGUUGCGCAUCCCUGGAGUGACAAAGAAACUCUUUGGAGCACAAAAGGCAUUCAUGGACUACAUAGACGUGCUCAUAACUAAGCACAUGAAGACCUGGGAUCCUGAUCACACUAGAGAUUUCACGGACGUGUUUUUAAAGGAAAUGAAGGGUAAGGAUGCUGAAGAGAAUGGCUUCAGUCACGAAAACCUUCGUCUGGUGACCGCAGACUUGUUUACAGCUGGUUCUGAGACCACCUCUACCACUCUCCGAUGGGCAAUUCUGUACAUGCUUUUACAUCCAAAAAUACAGAGUAAGGUCCAAGAUGAGAUUGAUAAGGUGAUUGGCAGAGAAAGACAGCCCACCAUGGCAGACCAAGUGAACAUGCCCUAUACCAAUGCUGUGAUCCAUGAAGUGCAACGCUUUGGAGACAUUGUUCCUGCUGGAGUACCUCACAUGACGUACCGGGACACAGAGCUGCAAGGCUUCUUCAUUCCCAAGGGGACAACGAUCAUCACCAACCUGUCUUCCGUGCUGAAGGAUGCGACAGUCUGGGAGAAGCCAAAUGAGUUUUACCCUGAACACUUUCUGGAUGCCAAUGGGCAGUUUGUGAAACGAGAGGCCUUCCUGCCUUUCUCAGCAGGUCGCCGUGUCUGCCUGGGGGAACAGCUGGCCAGAAUGGAGCUCUUUCUUUUCUUUACCUCUCUCCUACAGAAAUUCACUUUUGUGCUCCCCAAGGACCAGCCCAGGCCACGAGAGGAUGGUCGCUUUGCCCUCACAAACUCCCCACACCCAUACCUUGUGCAAGCUGUUCCAAGAUAAGGGCACACCACUCUCACUUGCAGAUUAUCAUCAAAGCAAAUGCAUCACAAAUGUUGCAGAUCUAGACAGGAUCAUGCUAGGUUCCACUCACGACUUCUCAAGUCUCUGUAGAUGCUCCCAGCUUUGUAAAGUAAGGAUCUGGUCCAAUAUUUAGUUUAGCUUAAUACCAACCUUGAAUCAGCCAGCCAUAACAAGCCACAAAUGAUGGUCAUGUGUGUGACUACAUAAAUGCCUAGUCAGCCAUCUCUGUGGCACUGGGGACGUCUCACCUGUCCCAGCAGUCCACUGAGCACAGAGAUACUGGAAGAUUUGUCAGCCCUGAAUUAGUUUAAUUAAGUCCAAGAGUAUCCUGGAUAAAAGACAACCCAUCAGUCCUGCCAAUUCUAGAAGGGAAAAAAAAAAAACUCAGAAGAAAACCUGUGAGGUACUGCUGGACCUCUCCACUGUCUUCGUUUUUAGACCCACUGCACAUCCAGUCAUGCUUUGCCUCCCAUGCAGAGCCAUCCCAUAGCAGUUUGUGCCUCUGCCUGCUGCCCAGGGGAACCCAGCUCUGGCUCAGCUUCUGAAAAAACAGUCUAGGGCUAUUUGGCUGAUUUGGCAUUUGCCAAAUUGAGGGGCACAGUCAGAGUUUCAGCUCUGACCACAAAGUGACAUUUAAAGGCAGUUUCAGAGCAGUGCUGCUGAAAAAUCUGGCCAUCCAAUGCAUCUUGUCUC